AUGCGGCCGACGACGCCCACUUUGAAAAUUCCUCGAAACGUGGGACCGUCGUCGCCGCCACAGACACCCACGACGGCGUUGCCUCUCUUUGGUGGACACAGCCUUGGUGGACACAAGAGCCACCCGGCGCCGCCCAUGGCGCCGCCCAAUCCUCUCGACCCCCGCCGUCCGAUGAUGUCCGUGACCAGCGGCGGUCGGCCGGCGGACCGUGGGCCAAAUUUCAGCCACCCCCGGCUCGUCCGUCCUGAGCAGCUGUCGCCCCGGUCAUCCACCUCCUCAAUACCAUCGUCUUCAGAUUCGGAAGGCGGCUCGGCGAGUCCCCUUCGUUCCGUCACAUCGCAGCGGGCGAAGACGGCUCCAUUAGCACCGCGGGCUAGGACGGGGCGCGUCGUCACCCACGCAGCAUUCACCGUGGAAGAGAUGAGCGAUUUUGGCGACAGCGACGACGAGCGUGUCGGCGUGAUCCGACCUCAUGCCAUCGAGUACGCAGAGUCGGACCGCAGUCGCUCGCGAUCACGGAACCCCCCCGAGAUUGAUCAAACAAUCAUGCAGCAUCUCGGCAAUCUCAAUUGCAGUGAUGAAUCGGAUCUCUCCGACAUUGACACUGUGGAGUAUCAAGACUUCCUUUCGAAGCGGCGCGAGCAGAGGCGGCACAAGCGCAUGACAUCGGGCAGCAUCGGCAAACGCACGAUAAGCGAGAGCAUCGGAAGCGACACGGACCGUGAGGAUCUCAAGGCCUUUCUCGGUGCCGAGGAGGUCGGAUCAAGCGCCCGCCGCCUCCGCCGGAAAACGGGGGACAGGCGAAGCCUGUUGUUCCAGGACCCGCCACCGCCGAGAAUAGAAGAGCUCGAGGAGCCAGACUCCAGCGAAGAUGAAAUCCUAAUCAGCGAGACUCUUGCACGCGAGCUUCCGUAUUACCAAUACGUCAGCAUGGAGAUUGAUUCGCCAUCGCCAUAA